UCCAUGGCAAUCGGGACCUGUGGAAUUUAAACCCUCGGGCCUGGGAGAGGCGGGAGGCGCCGGUGGCGUCCGGGCUCUGACCGGGGGGGGGGCGAGGCAAGGAGAGGCGAGGGGAGUGUGUGUCCCUGAGGUGUGUGAGGUGCGAGGAGACGGAAGGUCGGGGCUGCAACCAGACCUCGCAAUGAAGAACAUUGAUUCUCUGUACUUGUGUUGCCCAGAGCAACAAAGAAGCAACUCCUUCACUGGUCAGUGAAACACCCCAAAAAUUAGAAAAGUGUGAAUUCACCUCAAACCACCCUGUUCCUGUUGAUGGAUUCCUGAGAUGAAUGCAGGCCUGUGAUUGAGAUUUUGUUUCUAAUCAUUUUAACUCUGCCUGGGUUUCGGUUCCGUCACCCAUUUUAAAAACGUUGUAUCCUGGAGAUGGCGUCUUUGCCAUCGUUGUCUGGCAAGGACUCUGUGCCAAACGCCAAGCCAAUAUUUGCCAAGCCAUUGAAUGACUUGGACUUCCACUCGGGAGCUCGGAUCGAGGAGAUUACCAAACUGAUCCAGGAGUUCGGCAAGCAUGAGCUGAGGGACUUUGAUGAUCAGCGUGCACUAGAAGUGCACACGGCUAAGGAUUUCAUUUUCUCCAUGCUGGGACUAGUGCAGAAACUGGACCACAAGCUACCCGUGUCGAACGAGUACCUGCUGCUCUCGGGGGGCGUCCGCGAGGGGGUGGUGGACAUGAACCCCGACGAGCUGGGCGACUACGCCAGGGGCACAGACUACGACGUGGACUUCACACUGCUGGUGCCGGCGCUGAAGCUGCACGACCGCAACCAGCCGGUGACACUGGACAUGAGGCACUCGGCCCCCUGCCACUCAUGGCUCAGCCUGCGGCUCUUCGGCGAGGCCACCAUGGCGAAGUGGAAAGAGUGCUGCACGGAGACGGAGGACGGCGGAGGAGGCGGCUACUACUUCUCGCCCACCAAGGUGGCCGACUGGUUCUUCCGCUCCGUCUCAGCGGUGAUCGAGGAGAUCCGCAGUCACCCGCAGCGGGGUGUGCCCGGGGUGGCGGCGGUAGAGAAGAACGGCACAGUGGUCUCCGUCAUCCUCAACGUGGGCCGCAGCCGCAUGCUGUACGACAUCGUGCCCGUGGUCUCCUUCAAGGGCUGGCCAGCAGUGGCCCAGAACUGGCUGAUGGAGAACCACUUCUGGGACGGCAAGAUCACUGAGGAGGAGGUGAUCAGUGGCUUCUACCUGGUGCCCGCCUGCUCCCACAGGGGCAACCGGGACAAUGAGUGGAGGCUGGCCUUCUCGCGGAGUGAGGUGCAGCUGAAGAAGUGCAUCUCUGUCCACCUGAUCCAGGCCUACCAGGCGUACAAGGCGGUGAUAGUCAAGCUGCUCUCCCGGCCGAGGGCCAUCAGUCCCUACCACCUGAGGAGCCUGAUGCUGUGGGCGUGCGACCGCUUGCCCUACAACUUCCUCUUCCAGGCCGAGAACACGGCCCACUUCCUUCUGGGCCUCCUGGACGACCUGGCCCAUUGCCUGGUCAACAAGUCCUGCCCCAACUACUUCCUGCCCCAGUGCAACAUGUUCGAGCACCUGUCUGACGCCACCGUGCUGCUGCUAGCCUGCCGGCUGUCCUCGGUGCGCUCCGACCCAGCCGAGCACCUCCGCAGCGCUGUCGAGCACGCCAAGGCGGCUGGCAAGCUGGCCCAGGAGCUGAGGCAGCACCGGGCCGCGCCGGGCUUGGCCUCCUCCCAGUCGGACGGAGUGCUGUCUGCCUCUGGUCGCCAGGACGAUGGCUUGGCCCGCAAGCUUCAGCAGCUGGUGACAGAGAACCAGGGCAAGUCGAUCUCUGUCUUCCUCAACCCCGAUGACGUCAGCAAGCCUCACUUCAGGAUCGACGACAAGUUCUUCUGAAACAGAACGGGGGGGGGGGGGGGGUGCAGUUAUUAGAUCAAGUGUCGUCCACUUGACGUGACUGCCCCACUUGUGGGCUUCUAGAGGGCACAUUGUCCAAUGGAUGGUAUCAGCACUACAACUUCGCCAGAAUCUAAAAUGUUUAUUUUAAUUGACCUGGUAUAUUGAUUUAGGAGUGAAAAAUGGUACAAGAUAGUUACUAAGAUUAACCAGCAAGUUAAUAGCAAUUUAUGACUAAUCUUCACUGAAAUCCAACCCAAUACUACUGAGUCAGAAUACUGAAGAGAUAAGUUAGUCCCUUCCAGAGUUUGGCUGCUGAUGGGGUGCGAUCAUAAUGGCGGGCGUGCAAUUGCGUCCAUGUUGCGUAGCACAACAUAGCAGCUGUCCGAUUCCUGAUCCAAUCUAUCCUCCCAAACUCUGGACUGACUUGUAGCGAACGUUUAGCCAGACGGCAGGAGUCCAGGGGUGGGUGCAGGCAUCUGGUCGCUUGGUUGUUGUGACAAGGUGUAGCCCAGUAUUCCAACUGGGAGCAAGUCACGCCAGUUUAAAAUGUGUUACAGCUGUACUGAGAUGCAAGAUAGUCACGGCACUGGAUGCACCUCUUUUUCUAUAGACGACGGCCUUUUGCCGAUUUGAAGCUGUCCUGAGGUGAACGGCUAAUGAAUGGGGCAUGUGGCUGGAAUUCCAUUGACCUAAUCAAAAUGGUUCAGCAGUGUCAGUUCUAAUGAAGGAUCCUCGUCAGGGCUGAGCAUCUGGUUUGAGGAUCCAGUUUCACGUAAGUUCUUAUCUCAUUUCUGAAUUGUUUUUAUUUCAGUCUUUGCAUCCUGGUUGUUAAAGUUAUGAAAUGGUUGUUUUUUUGAUUGUGGUGUUCUUCUCCUGGCUGGGCUACAGAUCAGGACUGUGACCAGCACAGUCCCUAUACUUGGCUAGUCAGUGGGAAAAGCUGUAACUGAUUGCGUUGACUUUAGAGUUAGGAGAUCCCGAUUCUCUCCCUGGUCAGUCCUGGUUCCCCAUUCCCCAUCUUCUGAUCUUUGCUGCUUAAACUAUUGAUGUUGUCAUUUGAUCCUGCCCUCAAUCAAUACAGGAAUGCUGUAUCAUCAGAAGCAUAAACCUGUAGUUGAGAUCUGAAGUGAUGAGUGUGUCCAUCAAGGUGAAGUUGGUCAGUGAUGAUAUUAGAAUUGUGAGGGGAUGAGUUUGGUGGAGUUGACUUCAUCGAAACAUCUCAUAAAACUUCAUGGAGAAAUCCAUAUGUGGAUGAAAGCAGAUGAAAAUGUGUUUGGUCUCUAUUCUAUCUUGCUAGGUGAUCCCUCCAGAGACUGACGACCGAUGGACGCACCUCUUGGCUCUGGUUGAGUGGUCCAGUGUAAAACCUUGGUGUUACAUUGGGAGAUUGCUGAGGAGAACCUUGUGAAGUUGGUAGGGCUUGCAGAUUAAAGAGGAAGGGAUUAUUCUGUAGGUCAUUGAGGAGGAACUCCUGCUGAAGAUACUGGACUGGAGUGAGAGUGUACAGAGGGAAGCCUUUUGAUCUGUUAUAUGGACAUUGCUGGCAUGUAUUGCCCAUCCCUAAUUGAACUGAGGCUGUCUGUGAUUAAGAGUUGUCCACAUUGGCGAGUCUGAAGUCAGGUAAGCUACAGCAGGUAGGGACAACUGAUUUCUUUCCCUGGUGGACAUCAGCAAACCAGAUGAGUUUUUAAUGACAUUCUGAUAAUUUCAUGGUUACUAUUCCUGAGACUUGGUCCUUUUGUUUUGAAAUUUCCAAAUUUAUUUCUUUACUUGUCAGGAUUUGAAUUAGUCCAGAACUCUGAUAGUCAACUAGCUUAACCUCAAUGCUACUGUACCCUAGUGAGGAAUACUCUCUUGCUAUCAAGAGUAUAUGUCGAGUAGAAGGAUGGCCUUGGCUCUGUUGUGUACCUGGAGGUCUGUUUGUUGGAAGAAGGUGGGGGAGAAGAGGUGGUCUCCCAGCCCAGCUCCAAGUUUAAGAUAAGAUCUUUAUUAGUCACAUGUACAUCGAAACACACAGUGAAAUACAUCUUUUGCGUAGUGAUUCUGGGGGGCAGCCCGCAAGUGUCGCCAUGCUUCCGGCGCCAACAUAGCAUGCCCACAACUUCCUAACCUGUACGUCUUUGGAAUGUGGGAGGAAACCGGAGCACCCGGAGGAAACCCACGCAGACACGGGAGAACAUGCAAACUCCUUAAAGACAGUGGCUGGAUUUGAACCCGGGUCGCUGGCGCUGUAAAGCAUUGUGCUAACCACUAUGCUACAGUGCCGACAUGUGUUUGUUCUGUGUACAUGGAGAAGUGUAAGCUGACAUAUCUCCAUUCAGUUAGUUGAAGCUGUAUUCACUCGUGUAAAGUACCUAAGGUGAUCUGUGAACAGAAUUGACAUGUUUAUUGUACUGAAUGUUUGCAUGUUCAAACAGUUGGAUGGGGCAUUUGUUUGAAGUUCAGGGUUGAAUGUCUAAUAUGGAGAAUAACUGCAGAAUUUUAGGAUAGUUGGGGCCCAGGGCAUUCCAAACUACCUCAGCUGAUGAAGUUUUCAGGAUUUUCUGCUCACUUGCUGGGCAAUAUUGGGUGUCUUAUCUCAGGGAGAGAAAACCUAACUAUUGUCUUGUGCUUGAAACAUAUCUCUUGAUGCAGUCACCGAGGCUUGCUUUAUCAGUGUGUACAGCAAGUGAUUCAAAAGCAUCCCUUUCUUUCUGGGAGGGUCACUGAGAAUGUGUAUGACUCUCCUCCAGUUUGAGUGGUCAUUGUGCAGAGAUUCCCAGGAGUGGGUGGGGACGUUGCAUUUCUUCACGGAAGCCUCUGCCCACCUGGUUAACUCUUCCCACCACAGAGCUUGGGAUAAAUCCUCUAUUUCAGGAGUGUGUCGUCAGACAUACUCGACCCGUAACUGCAUCAGGCAGCUUUUUGCUUACUCCCGCUCAAAUUUUGGGAGGUCUUUCAGAAUUCAGUGUCGUCAAGGUAAGGUUGGAAGGGGAGAUGAGCCACCGGUACUAGUCACUGCAGGCAAUGAUGGUCAAGUCCAUUGGUGCAUCUAACAGGCAGUGACAUCAUGUCGGGAAUGAAUUUGGUGUAUGUCAAUAGAACUGGAAUUUAUGAUGCAUUAGGCGCACUAUCACCAGGACAACAAUGGUUCAAGAGGGUGGUUCUAAGGCCAAGUGAAGAUGGGCAGUAAAUGCUAACUCUUGCCAGCAACACCAAGAUGCCAAUAAGAUGAAUUGAUUCAAAGUAUUUAUUAUCCGGAUAAGGGGUGAAAGUUUUCCUUGUUGGUGAGUUCCCAAUCUCAGCUGGGCGGUUGAAUCAAGGAAAGCUCCAAGUGAGUCUGUGAUCUUAUUAAGUGGCUAACAGAGCUGAAGCAGGGGAAAUAAUCUUGAACCGGCAAGGCUGGGGGUUGCUUCUUGAUUUGUUGGUAAAUUACUGAGCUGCACAGUGUGUUCUUGACUCCCAGUUCCUGGUCUGUGCUGAGUAAAAUGUUGGGAGUGUUGCAGACAGAUGGAGCAUUGGAAGUGGGUAGGGCAGAACAAAAAUCAGGGUUGCUGUUCGCUAAAAUCGUUCAGUUGUCCUUGGCCCAAGUUGCCCGUGCUUGUUGGGCAAGUUGGGGCUUAGGUUUGGUUGGGAUGCCUCUUUCAUCGUGCACCAUCUGAAGGCAGACUCGUAGACAAGGUCCCAGAGAGCGCCUCAAGCGAGUUUCACACCUCACACCCUCUCUGCCUCCGUGUUCUGUCAGGGGGACAGGAUAUUUGUUGGCAUGACCAUCACUGGACAACGCAAGACCUUCUGUGCUGCCCGAGGCCCAACACAAGAGCCUUAGUGUGGACAGCCAUGGAGAAUAGUAGCCUAAGGUUGGCUUGUAGUCGUGAGAUCUGGCAGCCACAGGUCUCGCACUCAGCAUGUCAGACAGGCCUAAGUCUGUGCCAGUAACGUCUUGCAAAGCUUGAGUUGCAGCAGCUCGCACAUGUUAGCCCUAUUCUGGAUUUGGAUAAACCCACCAGUGAUUAUUGCUAAUAAAUCGAAUGCAGUCAUGGAGAGAUGCAACACUGAAACAGGCCCUUCAGCCCACAGAGUCCAUGCAAACCAUCAAACACUCAUUCUUGUACUAAUCCUAUCCUAAUCCAUUCUCUCCUCUUCCCACUCCUAUCAACCCCCAUUUUCCCCACUCAUCUGCAAACUAGGGGUGAUUUACAGCUGCCAAUUAACCUACUAACCUGCACAUUUUUGGGACCUGGGAGGAAACUGGACCACCCGGGGGAAACCCACGCGGUCAUAGGGAGAACGUGCAGACUCCACACACAGCACCGGCGGUCAGGAUCGAACACUGGUCUCUUGACCUGUGAGGCAGCAGCUCUUCUGUGUGUGUGUGUGUGUGUGUCUCUCUCUCUGCCUCUCUCUCUCCCCCGUGUCUGUCUGUCUCUCUGUGUCUCUCUGUCUGUGUGUGCGUGUGUGUCUCUGUCUCUUUCUGUCUCUCUGUCUGUCUCAAUAAUGGAGACAUAGUUAAGUGUAGGUUUAGGAGGAUGCAUCGUCACUGGAUUCUUAGUGUAGUGAGAAGAAAGUAUUCCUCAAAACGAUUAUAUCUUCUAGUAUUCUGACAUCCUUGGAAUAUUUAAUUUAGGGUUAUAAAGCCACUAUUCGAUGAUAAUUACUUGGAAUUUUACUGAUCUCCAAUGUGCAGUGCUGCAGAGGAUUGUGAUUUGCAAAAAGAAACACCCUUUCCCAGUUGUUUGGGUGGUGCACAACUCUAACCCAGCUCGGCUAUGUUACAGCCUUAAGUUUAUUUUAUUUUGUGUGUGCGUCUAUUUGCAACUGUGCGUAUGGACAGAUAAUCCAACACUUUAAAACAAAACUAGCGCGCGGUGUAAUUCGUACCAUUUGAUUGUCAAAUUCCCUGUGGCCUAACUAUGUUUGUAUUCCUGCACUUUGGAGGUUCAGGAGCAAAAUACUUUGGGUGCUGGAAAGCAUUUAUGGAGAUUGAAACAUAUCAAGGCAAUGAUCCUUGCGCUGUAAGCUUUGUCCUGAAACAUCCUGACUGCAUUGGAAGCUGUACGAUCCAACACUGACACGGCUCUGCUGUAUUGUGUUUUAGUGGCUCGGCCCAGUCAGUUGUGUACUCCUGCUUACAGUAUAGGGAUUGGCACUUAGAGGCCACUGUUUCUUUCUUGUGCUUGGACAAUUAUGAUUUAGUCAUCUGUGCCGACCAAGAUUCCAAUCUAAGCCAGUCCCAUUUGCCCGCGUUUGGCCCAUAUCCCUCUAAGCCUUUCCUAUCCAUGUACCUGUCCAAGUACCUUUUUAAUGUACCUGCUUCAACCACUUCCUCUGGCAGCUCGUUCCAUAUACCGACCACCCUCUGGGUGGAAAACGUUGCCCCUCAAGAUUCCUAUUAAAUCUCUCUCCCCUCUCACCUUAAACCUGUGCCCUCUUGUUCUUGGACUAAACAGGCUCAGCUUCGAAGAGCAGCGGCUAAACCUUUUUACGAAAGGUAUUUGGGCUGCUGUUGAGAGUUCUCGAUGGUGAAUCACUUGGUGUGGUUAAUUGGGAUUGGCAGCCAAUGAUGGCCAGAAAGAACAGUGGGAAACAUUUAUCAAGUGUAUGGCAGUGAAAUAACGGGGGGGGGGGGGGGGGGGGGGGCGG